AUGUCCGCAACUCAACUGCUGAACCCCAAAGCGGAGUCGAGGCGGAGGGCAGAGGCCUUGAGGGUGAAUAUCAGUGCCGGUGAGGGUCUUCAGGAUGUGCUGAAGUCCAACCUUGGUCCUUCCGGGACUCUGAAAAUGUUGGUGGAUGGUGCUGGUGGUAUCAAGUUGACCAAGGAUGGAAAUGUUCUUCUGCGGGAGAUGCAAAUCCAAAACCCCACUGCCGUCAUGAUCGCUCGGGCUGCGACUGCUCAAGAUGAUAUUACCGGUGAUGGAACGACAUCGGUCGUUCUUUUGGUUGGAGAGCUUCUGAGGCAGGCAGAUCGUCACAUCUCCGAGGGCUUGCACCCUAGGGUGAUUACGGAUGGCUAUGAGAUUGCGAAGAAUGAAGCCCUGAAGUUCCUCGAUCAAUUCAAGAUCGAGCGAGCGAUCGAUCGCGAACUCCUCCUCUCUGUCGCUCGAACAUCGCUUAGCACAAAGCUGAACAACGCCCUUGCCGAGAAACUCACUCCAGAUAUCGUCGAUGCUGUCCUCGCUAUCCACCGGGCUCCCGAGAAGCCUGAUCUACACAUGAUUGAAAUUAUGACCAUGCAACACCGGACCUCGUCCGAUACGCAACUUAUCCGCGGUCUCGCUCUGGACCACGGUGCCAGACACCCCGAUAUGCCGAAGCGCGUCGAGAAUGCCUUUAUCCUUACACUGAAUGUCAGUCUGGAAUAUGAGAAGUCAGAGAUCAACUCAGGAUUCUACUAUUCAUCUGCCGAGCAGAGGGAUAAGCUUGUCGAGAGUGAGCGCAAGUUCGUGGAUUCGAAGUUACAGAAGAUUGUGGAGCUCAAGAAACAGGUUUGCGGUAAUGAUCCUAAGAAGGGCUUCGUUGUCAUCAACCAGAAGGGUAUCGACCCGUUGAGCUUGGACGUCUUGGUGAAGAACGGAAUCAUGGCUCUUCGGAGAGCUAAGAGGAGGAACAUGGAGCGUCUUCAGCUUGUUUGCGGUGGUAUCGCGCAGAACAGUGUGGAGGAUCUUAGUCCUGAUGUUCUUGGAUGGGCUGGGCUUGUCUACGAGCACCAGCUUGGAGAGGAAAAGUACACUUUCGUGGAGGAGGUCAAGGAUCCCAAGUCGGUCACGAUUCUGAUCAAGGGCCCGAACCAACACACCAUCGCACAGGUCAAGGAUGCGGUCCGGGAUGGUCUACGAUCAGUAUACAACACAAUUGUCGAUGGCUGUGUCAUUCCUGGUGCAGGAGCCUUCCAGGUUGCCUGCCAUGCCCACCUGUCCUCUGAUAGCUUCCGCAAAUCAGUCAAAGGCAAGGCCAAGUGGGGUGUCGAAGCAUUUGCCGAUGCCCUUCUGAUCAUCCCCAAGACCCUCGCGGACAACUCUGGACAUGACAUCCAGGACUCUCUCGCGGCAUUGCAGGAGGAGCGAGCCGAUGGAAACAUUGUUGGCUUGGAUUUGACCACGGGUGAGCCGAUGGACCCUGUGCAAGGUGGUGUCUUUGACUCGUACCGUGUCCUGCGUAACUGCGUCGCCUCGAGCACGGGCAUUGCCUCCAACCUACUUCUCUGCGACGAGCUUCUGAAGGCUAGGCAGAUGGGUAGACAAGGUGGACCCGGUGGUAUGGAGUAA